AAUAGUGGCAUUUGAUUGGUUAAAAGUUGAUCAGCGUCCGUAUGAGGCAUACACAUAAAGUUGAACUAAAAAGUUACAUCAGAAACAUUUGUUGAUUUCUUAGAAUUCACACAACUUAAGAGUAUUUCUGGAAUAAAAUCAAUUGUGAAAAGAAAAAUGAAGUUAUACACAGCCAGUUUAGCACUUGCUUUGCUCUCUAGCAGCCUUUCAUCAGCACUUCCUCCUAAAGAACACAAAGAACGUGUGCACGAACAGAAAUUAAGUGAUCAAGAUCAUGAGAAGGAAGGUGAGCACAACAACGACUAUGACCAUGAUGCUUUUCUUGGUCAAAAAGAAGCCAGAGAUUUUGAUCAACUUACACCAGAAGAAAGCAAGGAAAAACUAGGAAUAAUUGUGGACAAAAUAGACAGAAACCAUGAUGGUGUUGUAACUGAGGACGAGUUACAACAUUGGAUUCAGUAUGUGCAGAAGAAAUACGUCAUCGAGGAUACAGAUAGAAUGUGGAAAGAGCAUAAACUGGAUGAUGCAGGCUUGAGCUGGGAAUCGUACAGAAAAAAUACUUAUGGCUAUGAAUAUGAUCCUGAAGAGGCAGAGGAUUUUAGUGAGAUGGUAAACAGAGAUACACGUAAAUUUAAACAAGCCGACGAGAAUGGCGAUGGGUAUCUAUCUAAAGAAGAAUUUGCUUCCUUCUUACAUCCUGAAGAACACGAGCAUAUGAAAGAUAUUGUUGUUUUAGAAACAAUGGAAGAUAUAGAUAAAGAUAAAGAUGGUAAAAUCAGUUUAGAUGAAUAUAUAGCGGAUAUAUAUAAUGAAGAAGAUGAUGAUGACGAUGAUGAUGACGACGAUGAAGAAGAUAGUGAUAAAGACGGGGUACCGGAUUGGGUGGAGUCGGAGAAAGAUCAAUUUAAAAACUUCCGAGACAAAAACAUGGACGGCUACCUCAAUCUCGAGGAGGUCCGAGCUUGGGUCAUACCAGAAGAUUAUGAUAAUAGUAAAGAAGAGACGAAACAUUUAUUCCGAGAAUCGGAUGUGGAUAGGGUUGGUGAUAUGUGGCCAAAUAAAGACGAGGAAGAGCCUGAAUGGGUAAAAGGAGAAAGAGAACAGUUCUCUAGUUAUCGUGACACCAACGGCGACGGCUUCAUGGACAAAGAUGAAGUGAAAAACUGGAUUAUUCCACCAAAUUAUGAUCAUUCCGAGGCAGAGGCUAAACAUUUAAUCUAUGAAACUGAUGAAAAUAAGGAUGGAGUGCUCACAAAACAGGAGAUUUUAGACAAAUAUGAUAUUUUUGUUGGCAGUCAAGCGACCGACUUUGGCGACGCCCUCACACGCCACGACGAAUUUUAAUGCCGUCCAUGCCAUAGGCAAUUUAAACUGUAAAAACUUUUGCCAGUAAAAAUACACGUGUGUAAUUCACUCUAUAUGUACUGUAUUUUAUAUGCAUAUAUUUUAUGUACUAAGAUGCAUGUUUUUAACCAGUUUCGUGUUUUGAUAUAACACGUGUGUAGGUUAUCGUAGCAUAUAUAUGUAACAGUAUUUGCUUAUAUGAAUAUGCGUGUAUUUGAAUUACAUGAAUUGUUAGUUGAGUGUUAGUUUGGACGUUAAUUCAAUAAUUAUGUAUUUUUAUCAUCAGAUAUAUCAAUGUUGUGUAAAAAGUAUGUUACUUACUCACCCGUAGGUCUGUCCACUUAUAAGACGGUAGUUCUAAAUGAAGGUGUUAUUUUAUGAAUAUUUCAAGGAUUACCCUUAAAGCUGCAUGCCUUCAGAUGAGUCAAAUUAUUUUAAGACAAUAAAACUUUGGAAAGCUUACUAAGAUUGUAAGAAUGGUUAAAAUAAAAGAUUCAAGAUUCAAAAAAUAAUUUAUAUCUUAUGUGCUAUGAAUGACUGAUUUUGCAGUAUUGAUCACCAUAUUUCUACUAUGUUACUACCUCUUUUUGGUAAUUUAUACGGAUUUUAAGUACCGUUUGCAAUGUGUAAAUUUACUUUCUUUGUUCACUUCACCAUAUCUACUUUUAAAUACAUUUUCAAAAUUUUCAUGAAAAUAUGAAUAAAUGUGGAGGCAUGCUGCUUUAAGAUAAUUUGAAUUGCUGGUAAACAAUAAAAAGAGAAAUGUUUCUGUUUGGUACCCAGCUUCAUAUUCAGUGGAUUCUGGUACCCUGUUUCACUGUGAUGAUGUUUUUGUUUUAAAGAACAUGAACAGAAAUUAAAAAAAAUGAAAUAAUUUCCAGAUCAUGAUGAAAUUAUGUUAUUUUGGUUUUUUUCUUUUUAAUAUUUAGAUUGAUGUGUAUAUGUAUAACAAUUGCCUAAAAGUUUGUCAAAAUAUGUAAUUUUAUAUCUUAACCUUAAUAUGGAUAUAGUAAAAAAUGUUAUUUUGUGAUUACUUGCAAAGUGAUUAUGCUAAUUGACAGUGCAUUUACUAUGUUAUAUCAUGAAUCAAAACAAAUUGCGAUAUUUUUAAUGAGAUUGUAAUUAAAUUUUAUGUUAGACAAAGAGUAAGGUUGGGUUAUCAGUUUCAAAAGAAGCACUAUGAUUGGUCAGUUUUGAAAAGAUUUUAAAAAUCAACCAAUCACAAGUUUUGAUUUUAAAUAUGAUCUCUGGCUUUAGCUUUUUAUAUCCGUAAUCCAAUUUAUUUAGCCUAGGUUGAAUAAAUGAUAGUUUUAUUUCAAGCUUUCUUAUAUUUUAUAGUUGAUUGAAAAGUGCAAGGGUAUUUUUAUAUGUGUUUUAAACAAAACAACAAGUUGUAAAUUAAUGAUCACAAAAGCUUAAAAUAUUUAUAAUGAAAUUUAUUUUUAAUUACAAUUACUAUUUUUGUGUAUUUUUUUUUUUAUUUUCUACAGUAAAAAUUUGAAUGAAUCUUGACUGAUUGGCAUGUGUUUUUAAUUGAUUUUAAUUCUAAUGGGAAAAUGUACGGGAAAAAAAUCCAGUAAUAAUAGCCAUUUUCAAUGAAAACCUGUGAUUUUAUGUAACAAAAAGGUUAUAAAAUGUUUCACACGUAAUAAUAAUAAUAUUUUUUGUUGUAUUUUUUAUGUCAGGAAUAUAUGAAUAUGAAAUAAGUUUUACACUAUUGUAUUGCUUGGAAAUACUCAAAAUAUUAUUAUCUAGGAAUUAAUGAUAAUUUUUUUAGGUUGUACUACACAGUGAUACAGUGUAUUACUUGUAUUGUAACAGGGGUACAUAAUUCAGAACACCCCUUAUGGUUAUGAAAUUUGGGGCUGUGAUGCAAAAAAACGGUACAUCAAAAAAAAAAAGAGUACAACUCUUUUGGAAUAAAGGACAUAUAACUGUGAAAUGUGAAACUACAUGUAUAAGAAUGAUUGAGUGAAAGAUUUGUUCAUAGUUUAAGCAUAAUACCACUAAGUAUAUGUACUUUUUAUGAAAAAAAUUGUUUUUGUAUGUAUUAGAAAUUGAACAAACUAUCAGAUAUAUGUGUAUAUAAAUAUACUGUCAUGUGUGAAAAUGGCGUCAGUUUUUACUUGGCUGUUUAUAAAAAGGAGGAAAGAGUGAGAGAAUUCUUUGGUCACAAAUAAUAAAAACAUGAAUUUUCAUAUAUUUUUUAAUGCCAUAUAUAUAGAUAAAGAGAUAUGUUUCUCUAGAAGUACUGCUACAUUGUUUAAACAUAGACCUCAAAAAUUUAGUAUAUUAGUGCUGCUAUUAUUUUGUUGGUAGAUUUUGUAUUGUUAGAAUAGCAUGUUUAUGUUUGUUUGUAAGAAGUAGUACAAGCUUUGCUAAGUAGGUUUAUUAUUUUUGUCUGAGAUGUUUGUUUUUUUUGCUGCUGAUGUAGAAGUUUGCAUACACAUGUAGCAACCAUUUAUUGUUUAUGAUUGUGUUCAAGUUAUUAAAAUUUGAACCAUUUAGAACCAGUCAGAUUAUGCGCAUUUUUCAUUGGUUAAAUUCAAAAUCAUUGUUUCAAAUUGUCCAAUCGGAUACAGCAAGAGAUCGUGACGGGUUUAUUAAUUGAUUACCAUUUAGGCAGGUUGUCUAAAGAAGUUGAAUUUGAGUUUGUAAACCAGUCUGUAAAUGCCAUCUUGUCAUUGGUCACUUUAGUAAAAAUGAAAGUUGAUUUACCAAUCAAAUGUAAGCAGGAUUUAGACUGGUUUUGUGAUUCAAAUUUGUUUUACUUGUGUUAUAUCUGUGUUAACAUUUUGUUAAGUAUUUAGCCUUAGGUGCCAAAUGUUUUCAUAAACUUGUAUGUAUUAGUGAAAAGUAGAGACUUUGUGCAAAAAAAUAGGCCUUUUUCGUGCUAGUGACCUGAAAAUGAAAGGUCAAAGUCAUCUUAUUUGAGGACAAUCAAUGUGAACCUCUAUUAUGUCAGGAAAAUAGGCCCUAUUUUUCUCUGAUGUCUUGUGUGGCAUAGAUAUCUGUUUUAGAAGAGAUUGUAGUGAGUUUUUUUUUUUAAAGAAUGAAAACAUGGGUUUUAAUGAUUUUUACAUAAAAAAAACUCAAAAAAACUUGAAUGCCUUUGUGUAAAAUAUAAGCAGAAAGAGAAAGAGAUACUAGUCUUUAAAUGAAAAUCUUGAUGCAUAAUUGUUUUCAAUAUUUCAAUUUGGUAGUUUACUUAUUUUAAGAAUCCCUACCAUAUUUCUUUAAGUUACACCAGUACUGUGGUUUAGAAUCCUGACAGGGAACUUUGGGAUUCUUUCAUGUGAGGAAGCUAUCCAGCUAGCUUAGGGAAUGUCAGUGAUUCUACUCUGGUGCCCGGUCGGACCACACACACAGAUAAAUUAUAAAUAAUAGCAAAAAAUUUGGAAAAAAAUCAAAAUAUUAUAGGUAAAAAUAGAAAGAAGAAACAUAAAUACAAAAAUAUCUUUUGAAAAUUAAAAUAGAUCUUACAUCUAAACUGUUAUUCUGGGUAGUUUUAAGAAAUCAGAGUAGAAGAACGAUGGUAUAAAAAAGCAAUAGUUAAAUCUUUUCUUCCAUGUUUUUCAUUAAAUUUUAAAGUAUUAGCCGACAUAUCAUUAGGAGAAAUGCUACUGACUAGUCAAAAGAUUGUCUUUAAAGGGACAGUGUCAUAAACCUGUAAUCAUCUUAAUUAUACAACAAUUCGAGGGUUGACUGCAAAACUGCAGUUGUUUACAUGAUUUAAAGAAGGACUUACAACAGUUUUGUGGUACACCCUUAAGCCAUAUACUAACCAUUUAUAUAUCGCUAUAAUCAUUAAUGCUUGUCUGUUUGGAAGAAAAAGUUGAGCCAUUAUGAUCGCUGCAGUGGCGGCGUUGUGCAAAAAAUUUAAUGUAGCAAGUUUAUAGGUAUUUAUGAAAUUUGGAAUACUAGCUUACCAGAGGCAGUUGUUACACAAGGGGCAUAAUUCUUUAAGCCAUAUUUUUGUAGUGAUGCCCCUUUUUAAAUCAAUUUUUUUCUCAAAAUUUGGUUAUUUUAACAGACGAGCGUUAACACAGUAUGCGCUGCUUUUGUUUUGUUUUAAUUUUUAAUGUUUAUUUUUUUUCCAUUUUGAUGAAUUCAUUUUUUCAUGAGUUUAAAGAUAGAACCCAUAAGAGAUACAUAAAACCACGAUGUGAUUGAAGCUAAUUUUUCUUGCACUCCCCUGUGAAGAAAAGAAAACUGCCUUGAAAUUGGUAAAUUUACAAGAUUUUUAGAUUUAUUGUGAAGUUAGGACCUAAUAUGCAAACAAUCAUAAUUUUGCACUUUGGUGUUGCUCAAAUAUUGACAUCUGACAAGGAGAUUUUUGUUAAUUCAAAAAAAAAAAAAGUAUAAAAGAAUAGUGGAUAAGAUAUGGUUUUGUUCGAUACUGCAGAUAUAGGCCUAUAUAUGUAUUUUUUUUUUGCACAGGGGAGUGUGAGAAUAAGUUUAGAAUAAAAUGGUGCUGAUCAUGUAUGCCAUCAGAUAUUUUACAUUUUUUCUAUCAAUAUACAAAUGUAGUUGGAUAUAAAAUCUCUCUGUCUCUCUCUCUCUGUCUUGUUCAGCUUGGUUCAAAUUGUAAAAAAUUGUUGGGAUGGACUCUUUAAUAUAUACUUACCUCCCACACAACUUAUUGCUUAUUAUGUUAAAGUUACCUGAACAAUCAGUUGACUGUAAUCUACAUGGUUAUUGACUUAAUUAAGAAACAAAAAAUUACACAAAUUCUAGGACUCAGAUUGUCCCAUUUUUUGCCACCAUAAGACUUGCGAGUUACGUCUUCGAAUUUCCAAAUUUAUGUUUUGAAAAUUUUCAUUUUAAUGUUAGAAAUGUUAGUUGUUUUUAUGCAGAUAUUAUUUUAAAAAAAAUCUGGAAAAGCCUUCUGUAAUGAUAUACAAAUAGCAAAACAAGACUUGGUUAACUUUCUUUGAAAAGAAUAGCAAUCAUCAUGUACUCAUAGUCCAUGUACAAUUACUGUAUUAAAUCCUAUAGAAAACAGGUCUCUUUUCAUGUUAAUGUCCCAUCUCAUUGAAAUAUAUAUAUUCCUCUGCCAUUUGAUAUGUUUUUUUAUUGAAAAAUAAACUCUGUUUACAAUUUU